UCCGAAAAUGAAGUUUAGUCUCAGUUUACCUCAGCCUCCAGCCACAUCCGAUGCAUUUCUUCUGUCGCUUCCCCGAAUCGGCCGAGCCGAUGCAGCACUUCCCUGUGAUGCGGCACCGUUUUAUGGAUUCUGACAUGGACUAUGAGAGGCCAAAUGUCGAGACUAUCAAGUGUGUGGUGGUUGGGGACAAUGCAGUUGGAAAGACGCGGUUAAUCUGUGCCCGGGCCUGCAAUGCAACGCUUACACAGUACCAACUACUUGCCACACACGUGCCCACAGUCUGGGCAAUAGAUCAGUACAGAGUCUGCCAGGAGGUUCUAGAAAGAUCCAGGGACGUGGUGGAUGAUGUCAGUGUGUCUUUACGUCUCUGGGACACCUUUGGGGACCAUCACAAGGACCGCAGAUUUGCGUAUGGCAGGUCUGAUGUGGUGGUGUUGUGUUUCUCCAUUGCAAACCCAAACUCACUGCACCAUGUAAGGACGAUGUGGUAUCCUGAGAUCAAGCAUUUCUGUCCCAGAGCUCCUGUUAUCUUAGUGGGCUGCCAGCUCGACCUGCGCUACGCUGACUUGGAGGCAGUGAACAGAGCUCGACGCCCACUGGCCAGACCCAUUAAAUCCAAUGAAAUACUGGCACCAGAGAAAGGUCGUGAGGUGGCUAAAGAACUAGGUGUCCCAUAUUACGAGACCAGCAUAGUUGCUCAGUUUGGGGUCAAGGACGUUUUUGACAAUGCCAUUCGUGCGGCCCUCAUCUCCCGUCGUCAUCUGCAGUUCUGGAAGUCACAUUUACGAAACGUUCAAAGGCCACUCCUGCAAGCCCCCUUCCUUCCACCUAAACCUCCUCCGCCCAUUAUAACAGUUCCUGCUCCUCCAAGUAACAUAGAAGAGCAUCCGAGCCGUCUGUUGGAAGAUCCACUGUGUGCAGAUGUGAUCUUAGUCCUCCAGGAACGCCAGAGGAUCUUCGCCCAUCGUAUUUACCUCGCCACAUCUUCUUCCAAGUUCUACGAUCUCUUCUUGACUGAACCUCGGGGCACUGAGGAGACCGAACGGGAACGUGAACGACCUAGAGGACCCCCACUUUCUGGUCGUGAUUUGCUGAUGCGCGCAGCUAGUUUUGACAUUUGUGAAAGCAGUGACGAUGGAGAUAGAGCAAACUUGCGUGCGUGUACAAGUGAUGGAACUUUAAAAGGUGAUGGCGAUCGUCGUGGUCGUCUGCUUCCUGCAUUGAGUCGUGCUUUCAUUAGCAUCCAAGAAGAAAUGGUGGAUGACCCUGUGACUUUCAAUCCGAGAAAAAUGACUGUUGUGCACAUGGACCCUUCAAUGCAACCUGGUCCGUUCAGAUCAGUGCUGCGGUACCUGUACACAGGCAAACUGGACGAGCGGGAGAAGGAGCUAAUGCAGGUGGCUCACAUUGCUGAGCUGCUGGAAGUGUUUGACCUGCGCAUGAUGGUGGCUAACAUUCUGAACGAUGAGGCAUUCAUGAAUCAGGAAAUCACCAAGGCCUUUCAUGUGAGAAGAACCAAUCGGGUCAAAGAAUGUCUGGCCAAAGGGACCUUCUCUGAUGUGGUGUUCAAGUUAGAUGAUGGCACCAUCAUGGCCCAUAAACCGCUUCUCAUCUCAAGCUGUGAUUGGAUGGCAGCCAUGUUUGGUGGACCGUUCGUGGAGAGCUGUACAAAAGAGGUGCUGUUUCCUAACACUACGCGGAGCUGCAUGCGUGCUGUGCUGGAGUAUCUCUAUACGGGACGCUUCUGCUCUCGGCCGGAUCUGGAUGCCAUGGAACUCAUUGUACUCGCAAACCGUCUCUGUCUGCCUCACCUGGUCGCGCUGACAGAGCUGUACACUGUGACGGUUCUGACUGAAGCUGCUAUGAUGGGAGCUGAUAUAGAUGGAGAUGUUCUGCUCUAUCUGGACAUGGCCCAGUUCCACUGUGCUCUUCAGCUGACCGACUGGUGUCUUCACCACGUCUGCACCAACUACAACAGAGUCUGUCGCAAAUUCCCUCGUGACAUGAAGGCCAAAUCUACAGACAACCAGGAGCAUUUCGAGAAACAUCGCUGGCCUCCGGUGUGGUAUCUGAAGGAAGAAGACCACUACCAGCGAGCUCGCAAGGAGCGCGAGAAAGAAGAUUACCUAUACCAAAAGCGGCAGUGCAAACGCAAGUGGCUCUUCUGGAAUCUACCUUCCUCACCAUCCUCUCCGUCUUCACCUGGAUCCUCUGCAGUCAUCUGA